GAAUCCUCUAAGGAUUCCGAAGGGAAUCCUCUCAGGAUUCCGAAGGGAAUCGAAUCCUCCCAGGAUUCCGAAGGGAAUCCUCCCAGGAUUCCGAAGGGAAUCCUCCCAGGA